UUCUUCUUCUCGGCUUCUGAUCCAGGAUGAAAACUCUGCUCAUGAUUUCAUGGAGAUUCUGAUCUUUUACGUCCUCCGUUAACCCCACGGUGUCUCUGUCGGACGGUGGAAGUCUUUCAGUGUCGGUUGAAGGAAGCUGAAUUGUCACAAUGAGGCGAAGAGGAACCUUUUCACUGUUCAACUCUCAGCUGCUUCUCUGGGUGACCAUCAUCUCAACACAGUUUCUGCAUGCAGCAGCAGGUGGUUCAGCUCUGGCUCUUCAGUCCAACAACACUGUCAGCAACCACACCAAAUGUGGCGGCAGCACCGAAUGCAUCGAGGGCGUUAUCCUGCCGCUGUGGAAGCCGGUCAACCCCCCCUUCACAGACCGCCUGGCCAGAGCCACCAUUUAUUUUGUGGGUUUGGCUUACAUGUUCCUGGGAGUCUCCAUCAUCGCAGAUCGUUUCAUGGCCUCCAUCGAGGUCAUCACUUCGCAGGAAAGACGGAUCACCAUCAAGAAACCAAACGGUGAGAAGAUCACCACAACGGUUCGCAUCUGGAACGAGACGGUGUCCAACCUGACCUUGAUGGCACUGGGAUCAUCUGCACCUGAGAUCCUUCUGUCAGUUGUGGAAGUUUGUGGUCACAACUUUGAUGCAGGUGAACUGGGUCCCAACACCAUCGUAGGAAGUGCCGCCUUCAACAUGUUUGUCAUCAUCGGCCUUUGCGUGUCCGUCAUCCCUGAUGGCGAGAUCAGGAGGGUGAAGCACCUGCGGGUUUUCUUCGUCACCGCCACCUGGAGUGUCUUUGCGUAUACCUGGCUCUACCUGAUCCUGGCCGUCUUCUCUCCAGGGGUUGUUGAGAUAUGGGAGGGGCUUCUCACACUCUUCUUCUUUCCCUUUUGUGUUGGAUUUGCUUAUGUGGCCGACCGCAGACUUCUUUUCUACAAAUAUGUGUACAAACGGUACCGACCUGGGAAGCGGAAAGGAAUGAUUAUCGAAACCGAGGGAGAGCCAGAACUUCCCUCAAAGGUUGACAUCGAAAUGGACGGUAAAACGCUGAACUCUCAUGGAGAGGACUUGAUGGUUGGAGAGGCAGGGUUUGAGAUGAAAGAGCUAGAUGAGGAGGAGGCUCGCCGAGAGGUGGCUCGAAUCCUGAAAGAGCUGAAACAGAAACAUCCCGAGAAGGAGACAGAGCAGUUGAUGGAACUCGCAAAUUACCAAGUUUUAGCCCAGCAGCAGAAGAGCCGAGCUUUUUACCGCUGUCAGGCAACCAGGAUCAUGACCGGAGCAGGAAACAUCCUGAAGAAGCACGCCGCUGAGCAGGCCAGGAGAGCCGCCCAGCAUAACAUCUGCUCCGAGGUGUCGCUGAAUAACUUCUCCUCUAAGGUCUUCUUUGACCCGGGGACCUACCAGUGUCUGGAGAACUGUGGCAGUGUGGCGCUCAAUGUGGUCCGUAAAGGUGGAGACCUAACAAGCACCGUCUCUGUGGAUUACCGGACGGAAGACGGUACGGCAAAUGCCGGUUCAGACUACCAGUUCACAGAGGGAACUAUUGUCUUCAAACCAGGCGAGAACGAAAAGGAAAUCCGCAUUGAUAUUAUUGAUGAUGAUAUUUUUGAGGAAGACGAGCAUUUCUUGGUUCACCUGACCAAUGUGAGGGUCGUAUCAGAGGACGCUAAUGGCCACAAUGCUAACCACGUGGAAGCUCUGGCAGGGUUAGGGUUGCCGUGCACAGCAACCGUCACCAUCUUUGACGAUGACCAUGCUGGGAUCUUUACGUUCGAGGAGCCAGUGAUGACUGUUAGUGAGAGCAUCGGGAUGAUGGAGGUGAAGGUCUUCCGGACCUCAGGAACUCGAGGCGUUGUGGUGGUCCCAUACAAAACCAUAGCGGGGACGGCUAAAGGAGGUGGAGAGGACUUCGAGGACACUCAUGGAGUCCUGGAGUUUGAGAAUGAUGAAAUCCUGAAGACCAUAGCCAUUAGAAUAAUUGACCACGAGGAGUACGACAAGGAGGCCAGCUUCUACAUAGAGCUGCAGGAGCCCUACUGGAACAGGAGGAGAUGGACAGGCGGAUUUGUGAAGACAGACAAACAGCUGUGUGGUAGAGAUAUCUACAGAAAGGUCCAGGGACGAGACCGUCCCACCUCGUCCACCAUCAUGAGCAUUACAGAUGGAUUGUGUGAGGAGUCAUUGACGAAGAAAGAGGAAGAGGAGAGGCGGAUUGCUGAGCUAGGUAGACCGACUCUGGGUGAACAGGUUCGACUGGAGGUCAUCAUCGAGGAGUCGUACGAGUUCAAGAGCACGGUGGAUAAACUGAUGAAGAAGACCAACCUGGCUCUGGUGGUUGGGACCAACAGCUGGAGGGAACAGUUUGUGGAGGCCAUCACUGUCGGUGCCGGUGAUGGUGAUGACUGUGGGGAGGAAAAACAUCCCUCCUGUUUUGAUUACAUCAUGCACUUCCUCACUGUAUUCUGGAAGCUCCUGUUUGCCUUCGUUCCUCCGACUGAGUACUGGAACGGUUGGGCCUGCUUUUGCGUCUCCAUCUCUGUCAUCGGCGUGCUGACGGCAGUAAUCGGCGACCUGGCGUCGCAUUUCGGCUGCACCGUGGGCCUCAAGGACUCUGUCACUGCCGUGGUUUUCGUUGCUUUGGGGACGUCAGUACCAGAUACCUUCGCCAGUAAAGUGGCAGCCAUCCAGGAUCAAUAUGCAGACGCCUCCAUCGGCAACGUGACAGGAAGUAACGCUGUCAACGUCUUCCUGGGCAUCGGCGUGGCCUGGUCUAUCGCUGCCAUCUACCAUUACUCGCAGGGGAACGAGUUCAGAGUGGACCCCGGCACGCUGGCCUUCUCCGUCACACUCUUCACCAUCUUCGCCUUCAUCUGCAUCGCAGUCCUCAUCUACCGCCGCCGGCCCAUGAUCGGUGGGGAGCUUGGUGGCCCACGACUCCCCAAGAUCCUCACAUCCUGCCUGUUCUUCAGCCUGUGGUUGAUGUACAUCGUCUUCUCCUCGCUGGAGGCCUACUGCCACAUAAAGGGCUUCUAGGAGCCCCAAGAGCUUCUACUGGACUGCUUCAGGUUCCUCACGGGUUCCUACAUUGUUUAUUUGUGUAAGGUUUGGUUUGGACUUAUCUGACAGGUGAGGGCUUCCAAGAUGUUUGGAUGGUUCGGGUUCACAGAUCUUUGCUGACCAGUGUUUGGACAUCAUGUGGUGGAUCUUCUGAGUUCCUGUGAUUGGUUGUGAUCAGUUAUUUGUCUGAAUCAAUAUUUCUGCUGAUGGUUGCUGAACCCUCUGGAUCCUGGUGGAACCCUGAAAAUCCCCAAACCCUCUGGAUCCCGAUGGAACCCCGAAAAUCCCCAAACCCUCUGGAUCCCGAUGGAACCCUGAAA